GAGCAGAUGCUGAGGAUGGGCAUAUCUUUAUUUAUGUCCCCUUUGCUGUGGGUGUGGUGCCUUCUGCAAGUAGGGAGGAGUGGCAAUGAGGAGCACUACAAUUUAAUGCUGUUACAGCUAAAGUCAGUAGAGUAUGAGAGGGAGAGAGUAAGCUUUGUAGAAGAUAAAAAAGAGAGAUGGUGCCGUCUGAAAAGAAAUCUGCUUUUUCUAACGAAAAAUAAGAGUUCUGAAGCCUCUGAAGUGGUAAUCCUGGAGCGCUGCUGGAUUGUGGAGUUCAGGAGUAAAACAGAUGUUUCAAUAGUUCUCAAGUUUCAGAGCGGAGAACCAGAUCUUUACCUUGAAGCUGCAUCAAAGCCAGAUUGUGAAUCCUGGGCUGUGGCACUGGGAGAGGCAAACUCAGAAGGUUUGCAGAAUAAAAUUCAACAGCUCCGGAGGUUGAUCAUGGAAAUCAAAGAGGAGAGAUCAUCAGAUGAAGCACGACAGUUUGUGCCCUCAUCCCAAGUAGACAGUCUAGGAGAGCCAUGCUUUACAAGUAUUCAGAGAAUUGCAAAUGAGCCAAAGCUGGAGUUCAGUCUUGCAUGCAAGGAUCUAGUGACUGCUACCCGUGAUCGGAAGCUGAAUACAUUCGUACAAGUCUCAGUGCUAUAUCCAGCAGAGCACAUUUUGACGAGGUAUUCAAGCACUGAAAUCGUGGAGGGUACAAAAGAUCCACUGUUUUUAACUGGUGUGACAUUCCCACCGGAAUACCCUAUCUAUGAGGAGACUAAAAUAAAACUAACAGUCUACGAUGUCAAAGAUAAAUCUCAAGACACGGUCCGCACUAGUGUCCUACCUGAUCACAAGGAGCCAAGAGCAGAUACUGGAAGAAGCUUCCUGGGCUGUACGACUUUUAGAGUAGCAGACUUGGUAAAGUCAAAGGAGCAACAGUUGACCCUUACCCUCAGGACUUCUGAUGGUGGGAAAACAGUUGGUACCAUUGAAGUCAAUCUUGUGAAGAUGGGAGAGCUAGAGGAUGGUGAAACAGACCACAUCACAACAGAUACCCAGGAUCAAAAGUGUGCAUUGGUUCGUGAAUGUGCAGCCACUGAAGGCAUAAGUGGUAAAGACAAUUUGCCUUCAUUAAAUGCAGUGUUAAAAAACCCAAUCUGUAAGUUAUAUAGAUUCCCUACUUCUGACAACAAGUGGAUGCGGAUCCGGGAACAGAUGGCUGAGACCACCCUCUCUUUCCAUGUUCCGAAAGAGCUGAUCAAUCUGCACAUAAAGGAGGAUAUGAGAAGGAAUCAAGAACUUAAAGAUCUGGGAGAACUUGCCCCUCACUGGGACAAUAUGCGAAAAAGUGUUAUUGCUCAUUGUGAUCAGAUGCUGAGCAUGUACCAGGAUACUCUUGCAGAGCUUGGGAAGCACACAGGUUCUUCCUUCAAAUCAAGCUGUAGCAAAGGAGAAAAAACAUUAGAAUUCAUCCCAAUAAAUCUUCAUCUGCAAAGAAUGCAUGUGCAUAGUCCUCGAUUGAAAGAUGCUCUGUAUGAUGUCAUCACGGUGGGAGCGCCGGCGGCUCAUUUCCAAGGAUUUAAGAAUGGUGGUCUCCGAAAACUACUGAGUAAAUUUGAGGCAGAAAGACGAAAUACUGGAUACCAGUGUAUUUACUAUUCACCUGAAAACACAGCCAAGGCAAAAGAAGUUCUCAGCAACAUCAAUCAUCUACAACCUCUCAUAUCAAGCCAUGCAGACCUGCUACUUAAUUCUGCAAGCCAGCAUUCUCCAGACAGCUUGAAGAAUUCUUUAAAGAUGCUUUCAGAAAAAACAGAGUUAUUUGUGCAUGCAUUUAAGGAUCAGCUGGUCAGAAGUGCUCUUUUGGCACUAUACACAGCUCGGCCUGGCUGUGUCCUCAAGAAACCAGCUAUGCCUAAAAACAGUACCGAAGAGGGGGGUGAUUUGCAGCAUCAGGAUCAUCCUUCUCAGAUUAAAAGACAGGACUCUAUACCCCAUCAUUCUGAAUAUGAUGAAGAGGAGUGGGACAGGGUAUGGGCCAAUGUGGGAAAGAGUUUAAACUGUGUUAUUGCCAUGGUGGACAGAUUACUUGAAAAAGACAACGUCAGCAACACUAAAGAGGGUGAAAAUGAUCCUUCAGCAGCAGAUUGCAAGGUGUUUCAUACAGGUGGUGACUGGUAUGAGCAGCUAUAUCCCCUGGUGAUUACACUGAAGGACUGCAUGGGAGAAGUGGUGACCAGGGCAAAGCAAUCAAUGGCAUUUGUUCUGCUCCAGGAACUUGCCUGUGGUUUGCCACAGUGUUUGAUGCUGACCCUAAGAAGAGACAUUGUCUUUAGUCAAGCACUCGCUGGAUUGGUCUGUGGGUUUAUAAUCAAACUGCACACAGGUUUGCAUGAUCAAGGAUUUUUACAGCAGCUUCAUACUGUUGGAUUGCUUGUGCAAUAUGAAGGACUCCUUAGUACAUAUAGUGAAGAAGCAGGGAUGCUGGAAGACAUGGCUGUGGGAAUUUCAGAUUUGCAGAAAGUAAUGUUUAAAGUCAUCGAAGCCAAAUCAGAAGAUUUUUUGCCUAUCAUAACUGGAAGGCGUGAACAUUAUGUUAUAGAGGUCCAGCUUCCAGCAAAGAUGUUUGAGUUGCUGCCACAAGAGAUUAAAGAAGGAAAGCUACUUCGCAUGUAUCCAGUACUCUUUAAUGUUGGAAUCAAUGAACAGCAAACACUUGCAGAGAGGUUUGGAGAUACCACUUUGCAGGAAAACAUUAACCAGGAAAACUUAGAACUUCUAAAAAAAUAUUACAAGCUGUUUACAGAAAAAAUGCCUCCUGAUUGUCUACCACAUUUUCAAGAACAAAAUGAUUUAAAGGGAUUGCUAGAAAAUCUCCAUCAAAAUAUCCAGGCCAAAAAGAGAAAGAAUGUAGAAAUCAUGUGGCUGGCUGCGACGAUUUGCCGUAAGAUGAAUGGAGUCCGUUUCACCUGUUGCAAAAGUGCCAAAGACCGGACAUCCAUGUCAGUGACGCUGGAGCAGUGCUCCAUCUUGAGGGAUGAACAUCAGCUUCACAAAGACUUCUUUAUUCGGGCGCUGGACUGUAUGAGAAGAGAAGGAUGCCGCAUAGAGAAUGUGCUGAAGAAUGUCAAAUGCAGAAAGUAUGCAUUCAACAUGAUACAGCUGAUGGCUUUCCCAAAGUACUACAGACCUCCAGAAGGGACAUAUGGAAAAGCUGACACCUAAGUUUAACAAAAAUGUGAUCAGGAACAUACAUCAUGCUAAUUAGUGAAUAUAAAAAUCACUGUUUAUAGCUUACUAAUUGGGAAUGUGUAACCAGUUGAGAUGUUAUUUUUAUCAGGUUUCAUCAUUAUACGUUAAAAUAACUUCAGUUAGUUAUUAUGAAAUAAAAUACCAUGAAAAGAAAUGGACUGAAUAUUCUCAAAACCAAAUAUAGUCAACUCUUAUUUGUGAAGUUGAAGGUUAGUAUGACUCAUACACCAGCUAGAAUUAGUUAUUUGGGUCAUUUGAUUGAAGAUUACAGAGGCAAAUGUCAUUUGCUAUAGUAACUGAGGUUAGCAAUCUGCAAGGUGACAUACUGACUACUCCGAACCAAAACCUGAGAUUUGAUUUAAGGGGUCUCUUACUGCUGAGAAUAGUGUUUUCUGGAACCAGCAUGGUACCAAGUUCUUGGUCACUAAUGAUGAAAUCCUUCACGGAAGUGUUUACAAAAGAUUCUAAUGUUAAUGCCUGGGUUAAAUAUAAUUUUAGUAAUUACAUUUAUCUUCUUUACAUAAGCAUGGUAGCUUCUUAAUAUGUUUUUAGUAAUUACAGCCUGUAAUUUCAGUAAUUCCAUUCUGAUUCCUUGCAGUUUAUUUGGAUAUAUCAUUCUUGGCUUGCUGUACCACAGCCAAGUAACACUCAUUUCACUUUCUUAUAAAUCACAUUGAAAUCAGGGGGAUUAAUUCUUCAGUAAGGUGACCUGAAUUUGACCUGUCCUGUUCACGUUUACUAUAAACCCUUAAAACUAUAUGUUCUUUAGAGGUAAGGAAAAUUAGUUAUAUAUACAGGAGACAAUGUAUCUUCAGGCUAUAAGGACAUGUAUGUUAUUACAGAGCCUAAGAGAUAUCUUAUGAGUAACCUGCUGUAUUAGGACUAGUUAGCCACCGCAGCUGAUUUAUAUCAACUUUGUAAUGCUGCAUAUAGACACUGUAGGAUGAAGAACUAUCAGCUUUCAAAAUGAAUGUUAGUGCUUCUGCCAGCUUGUGUUAGUCCUGAAAUCUGUCUUGCAAAGAACAUGUGUUUUCUAAUUGUGUCUAUUUAUUGCUGCCUUCUGCCUCCCAGAGAGAAAUACAAUUAACCCCCCCACUAUUCACUGGUUACUGACCUUUAUGUAAUGCCUUAAUUUUGAGAAAAAAAAAAAUACCUGGAGCAGAAGUGUGAGAAUUUUAUUUGAAUGAAACCACACUGGGAAUGUGCACAUCUGGAGGAAAUUGUAAUUACCAUGGAUAAAGAAGUUAAUGUUUUCUUACUGCUAUGGAAGUCAAAGAAAUGUUAAUGAACUGUGAGUUAUAACUUGUUGCUUUUAAUCCAUUAAUACCCAUUACCUGGGUAUAAAUCUGUAACUAUGCCAUUAAAAAUUAUAUUUAAGAGCCUGAUUCUGCAAAUUCUAAUUGGAUAGGUACAUGCAGAUGACCUAAAAUUAAAGCCAUCUUGUAUAUUUGCAUGAUCAGGCUUUGGGGCUCAUAGAACAUCAGGAAGAGACCCUUGUUCCAAUAUUCACUGACUUCAGUGAAGCCAGGAAUUCACCUAUACAAUAUGUUUACCUAACUAAUUGGAACCUUUUUCAAAGAAAAGUGGGUCAUUUAAAUGGUGUGUUGGUGCAUCUGUUGAUUAUUUUUUAAUGCCCUGUCAUGAAUUACUUCUUUCUUCUUCUGGAAUGUGUUACUUCGACAGGUGUCAAAAGAGUUGGUGUUGCAUCAUAGCUAAGCUCAGGCAGAUGAGAAUAUAAUGCCUUGAUUUUUUCCUGUUGUGUAGCAGUAGAAGUGGGCACUACUCAUUGGGUGGGUGGACGUGUUCAUAAAUUUUUGUUUGGGUCUUUAACUAUAGCAUAGCUGAUCUGUACAGAACUUUUUUGUGGAUAUACGGAACCUAAGUCUUCCUAGGGCAGUAAUGUAAUGUUGUUCUGUUGCUGCACUAGUCCUCACUAUCUGCUAUGUUAUUAGCUUAAAAAUACCUACAUGUGCAAUUUAGAACUAGCAGUAAAUUCCUUGUGCAUCUCUGAAAUAAUCCUAGAGAUGUACAGGAGAGAAUGCUGCCUUCCUACUGUAAUUCUGAAACCAGCUGUAAAAGUCUCUGUGGGGAUGGUAUUCACUGGUGAGUACUAUGGUUUCCUGUAAUUCUUCAUUUCAUGUCCCAUGGGCAUCCUGUCAAGUUCAAAAUAUGAAAUUCUAUAGAUUGUCUUCUUAUCAGGAAAAUAGCCUUUCAAGAUCUUGUCUCAGCACUUUAAUCCCAUUUUGGUUCUAAAUUGCUGUUAACACUAUCAUGUUACUUUUCUAUUGAAGAUUUUUUCCCCAUAUAUUUUCUGGGGGGUUGUUGGAUGGGGAAAAAAAAAAAGGCAUUGCAUUCCUGUCCUUUUUUGUUUUAACAGCCUUUCCCAUCAUGUCUUCUGAAACUAAAUAAAACAGAAAAGAAACCAAACCCCACAUCAGUGUACUACAGUGAAACUUCAUUGAGCUUGGGCCAUUACAGAAGAGUAGGCUGGGUUUGAGCUGAAUAGGCUGAACUUUUUUAAGCCAGUUGUUUUAUAGGAACAUGUUUUUGUAGGUCAUGAUACCCUUGUAUAACCAACUGGUGUGGUUCAAAGUCUCCUAAAAGAGCCUUGUUGCUGCUUCAGUACUGAAUCAGGCUCAAAUGUUUCCUGGUUUGGUCAUUGCCUGCUGUGGGCUACUGGAGGUCAUACAAGCAAAGGCUGGGUCAUUAAAGGAGAACUGUUAGCUGAGCAUGGAUUCCAAACAAGUGGGUUUUCUAGAUUGCUUUUUAUGAAGAAAUAAAGAGGGUUUGCUGCAGUUUGAUAGUUACAUUACUUGGAGUACUCUUUGUGGAAGCUGCUUCAACCCCUGUGCAUUGUUUGAAUGCCUAACAGAUGAGUUAAAUCAUCUUUGAGGUGUUGCACGUAUCCUUGUAGUUCUCUGUGAGUAAAAUUAAGCAGAUGAA